AAGGGGGAAAAAGAAAGUGCGGUGGAAAGUAAGAGGUUCAUUGGGAAAGGCUGCUGGGAUCGGGGUCCCGAGGGCUCCGCUUUGGUCAGUGCGGAAAGAAGCAGUGGCAGGCCACCCUGCUCACAUCUCGCUGCUUUUGCUGCACCGGCUCAGCUUCCCAGGAAAGGAUGGAGCUUCUUUGGUUUGUAAUGAGUCUGUACUUCUAUGGGAUCCUGCAGAGUGAUGCCUCAGAACGUUGUGAUGACUGGGGGCUAGAUACUAUGAGGCAAAUCCAAGUAUUUGAAGAUGAGCCAGCUCGCAUCAAGUGCCCGCUGUUUGAACAUUUCUUGAAGUUUAACUACAGUACAGCCCACUCAGCUGGCCUUACCCUGAUCUGGUACUGGACUAGGCAGGACCGGGACCUCGAAGAACCCAUUAACUUCCGCCUGCCUGAGAACCGCAUUAGCAAGGAGAAAGAUGUGCUUUGGUUCCGACCCACCCUCCUCAAUGACACGGGCAACUAUACCUGCAUGUUAAGGAACACUACAUAUUGCAGCAAAGUUGCAUUUCCCUUGGAAGUUGUUCAGAAAGACAGUUGUUUCAAGUCCCCAAUGAAACUCCCAGUGCAUCGACUGUAUAUAGAAUAUGGUAUUCAGAGGAUCACUUGUCCAAAUGUAGAUGGAUUUUUUCCUUCCAAUGUCAAACCAGCCAUCACUUGGUAUAAGGAAUGUUCUGAAAUAUAUAACUUUCAUAAUGUAUUACCUGAAGGCAGAAACUUGAGUUUCCUCAUUCCCCUGGUUUCAAAUAAUGGAAAUUACACAUGUGUUGUUACAUAUCCAGAAAAUGGACAUACCUUUCAUCUUACCAGGACUCUAAGUGUAAAGGUGGUGGGUUCUCCAAAAGAUGCAAUACCACCCCAGAUCUAUUCACCCAAUGAUCGUGUGGUCUAUGAGAAAGAACCAGGAGAGGAGCUACUCAUCCCCUGUAAAGUCUAUUUUAGUUUCAUAAUGGACUCCCACAAUGAGAUUUGGUGGACCAUUGAUGGGAAAAAGCCUGAUGACAUCCCUAUUGACAUAACCAUUAAUGAAAGUGUAAGUUAUUCUAAAACGGAAGAUGAAACAAGAGUUCAGAUUUUGAGCAUCAAGAAAGUUACCCUCGAGGAUCUCAGGCGCAACUAUGUCUGUCAUGCUAGAAAUGCUAAAGGAGAAGUUGACAAAGCGGCCAAGGUGAAACAGAAAG